GGAUUUGUGUGACCUCUUCUGCCCGCCCCAGUUCAAGUACACAUCAAGAUAUGGUUACUCCGCAGAAAUUUGUGCUCCGUGUAUGUGUUGCAACAGAUCUUGCCAUGAAGCUCAUUCUAACCGAGCGACCACAGUCAGUAGAAGAGCUCAAGAAUAUAAUGCAAGAGAAGUUUAAGCCAAGGCUGGACUGUGACUUUACCCUUCAAUAUGAAGAUCCUGACUUCGAUGGACAGCUCAGUGUUCUUAUGGAUAUUUAGGAGCUCCCUGAAAAAGGAACACUGAAAGUGGUGAGAUCUGAAAGUGAUGCAUCCUCCACUGGAAGCUCCGACACAGACAUACUUCCACAUGUACCUUUAAGACAGCGUCAGAAAAAUUGGCCAGAUUGUUUCCCUGUGCCAACUUUUUCUUAUGAAGUUGAGCAUGUAUGUGCACAGGGAAAUGCUGACUUUGAAAAUUCUGGGAAGACACUGAAAUUAACAAGAGCCCAAAAACACAAUAUCCUGGAAAACAUGGCUGAAACAAUGUACAAUUUCAAGCCAUAUCCACAUGACAAGGAAGUGGGUAUGGCUGCUGAAGCUCUAAUAGCAGCUCAUCCAUGCCUUAUAGAACAUGGGAGUAAGAAUGGAUGGUAUGGAUGGAAGGUGGCCUUGAAGUUCAAGAUGAGGAAUUUUCGCACUAAGUUGGCCAGAUCUGGUUGUGCAGAGGUCUCCAUCAAUGCAGGCAAGAGGAGCCGAACCAACCCUGAAAAUGAUCAUCCUCAUUCGAACAUCAAAAGAGCCAGAAGAGCUGAGGUGAAUUUCCUGCCCAACUUCCCCAGGGGAGAGAAUGAGGCAACCUUGGAGGAAAUGAGAGUACAAAUCAUACAAGAGACUGAAAAGACUGAGAGAGACCAGAUACUGAUAGAAAAGCUCAUGCACACAACCUUUGCCCUUCGCCGCCAACACAUUGUUCAAGGAAGUCCACAGGUGCGGGAAUUCCUGGAGAACUGGCCGGCCUUGCAAAUGCAGUCACAGGUGUUUGCAGAGUUUCAUCGCAUUACAAACCUGAAUCUACGCAACCAGUUUUACUGUGAACUUGACCGAUACACACCAAAACUAGUUGCACUGUAUCGACAGAAGUCCUCAAGGACUGGAAAGGGAGCAGAGGCACUGCGAGAGAUGCUGAGAAUUUAUGACUUGGAGGUAAGUUUAUGUUUGACUUUUCCAUGGGGACAAUGCUGAUCAUACAAUGUGUUGUCAUUACAGAUUACAGAUGCCUUGAUAGUAGUCA